AUUCAUGAUCCCAACAAAGCCACCACCAUUCUUCAAAUACCCUGACAAAUGGUCAGAUGAAUUUAAAGACUUUGUGAAAAGUUGUUUAGUCAAAAACCCUGAGCAAAGAGUCACUGCUCAGAUGCUAUUGACGCAUCCAUUCAUAAGAAAAGCAGGACCAUGUACGACACUUCUUGGUAUGAUUAAAGAGGCUCUGGAUAUAUUAGCACAGGAACCCAAAGAUGACGAUGAAGAUGAUGUUCCUGAUGGGAAUGACUAUGACGAGGACGAGGAUGAUGAUGAGGUUGAAACAGAGUCUGGGACGAUGAUUGUAAACAAAGAUAUACUUGAUGGGACAAUGGUUGUCAAUGAGGAGGGAACUAUGGUGAUAAAUAGUGAUAGUGAUGGAACAAUGGUGAUAAAUAGUGAUCAAGAGACACUCAGAUCUGGUAUGGGAACGAUGGUAAUCAAUGAUGAUGAUGAUGAUGAUGAAGAAGAAGAAGGCACAAUGAAACGAAUAGGCACGACAGAAUCAAAGGAAGAAUAUCGGCCAUCGUUCAUGGAUCAUUUCGAUAAGAUGUUUGAGUCACCACAACAAACUAAUCAUGUCAAUGAAAGAAAAGGUUCAGAUAGUUCAACAAACUCUCAGGUUGUCAUGAGAAGAGCAGAAUCACCUUUUAGUCCGCCAAAGAAAUUUGGACCAGGAGAUUUCGAAUUUUUAAGAAGUUUAUCCUUCGACGAACUUUUGUCCAGAAUGAACUCACUCGAUUCUGAAAUGGAAAAAGAAAUCGAUUCUUUGCGUAAGCGCUAUCAGGGAAAACGACAGCCUAUACUAGACGCGAUGGAGGCGAAAAAACGACGUCAGCAAAAUUUCUAAAAUUUUAUAAGGACCGGCCGUCAAAGACUAUAUUUCAUUCACCGUUCGUGAUUGGCUAGGUUUUGUCAAUGACAGUUUGAAAACUGAUUUAAAUGUAAGCACGUGUACAAAAGCACUUGAAGCACAGAGAUCUC